AACUACAAUUGGCUCAGAGUACCACAGAAUUUGGGGGCGGAGAAAGACUUGGGAGAGACUUCUAUUUCCCAGGGAAGAAUAGUAGUGGGAGGAAAUAUUAGGCUGCAGACUCUGCAGUAGAGCCGCAGUAGAACUGCUGAGAAAGACCAAAGUUGCCAGAGAUGUGGAACGCUCAGCAGGACAGCGACUCCGCGGAGGCCCUGAGACGCCGUCAACGCUGGUUCUGUGCUGGAACACUGGUGCUGGCUUUCACUGGAACCUUCAUCAUUGGCUUCCUCUUUGGGUGGUUUAUAAAACCCUCCAAUGAUUCUACUAGCAGUGUUUCCUAUCCUGGCAUGAAGAAGGCAUUUUUGCAAGAAUUGAAGGCUGAGAACAUCAAAAAAUUUUUAUACAAUUUCACACGGACACCACAUUUGGCAGGGACACAACACAAUUUUGAGCUUGCAAAGCAAAUUCAUGCCCAGUGGAAAGAAUUUGGCCUGGAUUUGGUUGAGUUAUCUGAUUAUGAUGUCCUGUUGUCCUACCCAAAUAAGACCCAUCCCAACUAUAUCUCAAUAAUUAAUGAAGAUGGAAAUGAGAUUUUCAAAACAUCAUUAGCUGAACUGUCACCCCCGGGAUAUGAGAACAUAUCAGAUGUAGUGCCACCAUACAGUGCCUUCUCUCCACAAGGGACACCAGAGGGGGAUCUAGUAUAUGUUAACUAUGCACGGACUGAAGACUUCUUUAAACUGGAACGGGUCAUGAAGAUCAAUUGUUCUGGGAAGAUUGUCAUCGCCAGAUAUGGGCAAGUGUUCAGAGGAAAUAAGGUUAAAAAUGCUCAGCUGGCAGGUGCAAAAGGAAUCAUUCUGUACUCAGACCCUGCUGAUUACUUUGUUCCUGGGGUGAAGUCCUAUCCAGAUGGUUGGAACCUCCCUGGAGGUGGUGUUCAGCGUGGAAAUGUCUUAAAUCUUAAUGGUGCAGGUGAUCCACUCACACCAGGUUAUCCAGCAAAUGAAUAUGCCUACAGGCAUGAAUUCACAGAAGCUGUCGGUCUUCCAAGUAUUCCUGUCCAUCCAAUUGGAUAUGAUGAUGCACAGAAACUAUUAGAACAUAUGGGUGGCUCCGCACCCCCUGACAGCAGCUGGAAGGGAGGACUAAAAGUGCCUUACAACGUGGGACCUGGCUUUGCUGGAAACUUUUCAAAACAAAAGGUCAAGCUGCAUAUUCACUCCUACAAUAAAGUGACAAGAAUCUACAAUGUUAUUGGUACCCUCAAAGGAGCUGUGGAACCAGACAGAUAUGUUAUUCUUGGAGGGCACAGAGAUGCUUGGGUGUUUGGUGGCAUUGACCCUCAGAGUGGAGCAGCUGUUGUUCAUGAAAUUGUCAGGACCUUUGGAACUCUGAAGAAGAAAGGUUGGAGGCCUAGAAGAACUAUUUUGUUUGCAAGCUGGGAUGCUGAAGAAUUUGGCCUUCUUGGUUCUACUGAGUGGGCAGAGGAACAUUCAAGACUCUUACAAGAACGUGGUGUGGCUUAUAUCAACGCUGAUUCUUCCAUAGAAGGAAACUACACUCUCAGAGUUGAUUGCACACCACUGAUGCACAGCUUAGUAUACAACCUAACAAAAGAGCUGCCAAGCCCGGAUGAAGGCUUUGAAGGCAAAUCUCUUUAUGACAGCUGGAAAGAAAAAAGUCCUUCAACUGAGUUCAUUGGAAUGCCAAGGAUUAGCAAGCUGGGGUCUGGCAAUGAUUUUGAAGUGUUUUUCCAAAGACUUGGAAUUGCUUCAGGCAGAGCCCGGUAUACUAAAAAUUGGAAAACCAACAAAGUCAGCAGCUAUCCUCUCUAUCACAGUGUCUAUGAAACAUACGAAUUGGUAGAAAAAUUCUAUGAUCCGACAUUUAAAUAUCACCUCACUGUGGCCCAGGUUCGAGGAGCAAUGGUAUUUGAAUUGGCCAAUUCUAUAGUGCUUCCCUUUGACUGCCAAAGUUAUGCUGUAGCUCUGAAGAAACAUGCUGAGACUAUCUACAACAUUUCAAUGAAUCAUCCACAGGAGAUGAAGGCGUACAUGAUAUCAUUUGAUUCGCUGUUUUCUGCAGUAAAUAAUUUUACAGAUGUUGCAUCCAAGUUCAAUCAGAGACUGCAAGACUUAGACAAGAGCAACCCCAUAUUACUGAGAAUUUUGAAUGAUCAGCUAAUGUAUCUGGAACGUGCAUUCAUUGAUCCUUUAGGAUUACCAGGAAGGCCUUUCUACAGGCAUAUCAUCUAUGCUCCAAGCAGCCACAACAAGUAUGCAGGAGAAUCAUUCCCAGGGAUUUAUGAUGCCCUUUUUGAUAUUAAUAACAAAGUCGACACUUCUAAGGCCUGGAGAGAAGUGAAGAGACAGAUUUCUAUUGCAGCCUUCACAGUGCAAGCUGCAGCAGAGACUCUGAGAGAAGUAGACUAAGCAGUCUUUACAGAAUUCAUAAAAAACUGAUUUGUGGAUCAAAAGACAAAAGUGAAUAAUUUCAUAAUGACUUAUAAUUUUGGCAUGUAUUACUAAAAUUUAAAAUUCAAUAGGUAUUAAAACUAAUGUAAACAGCCUAAUAAAAUGACACAUUUGACAGUAUUAGAUAAUUAUCCGAAAUCUAAUACACCCUUCCCAAAUCUACCCUGUAGUUUUACUUCAUUAUGGAAUACAUCUUGGAUAGUUCACAAUUCUGCUCUACCUGGGGGCCUAUAUGCUCUCUGGUCACCAAAGGCUGGGAGGAUCAUUAUAGUCACCCUAGCAGACGAGUUCUAAUUUAUUCUCUCUUCUUGUAAACCUAAUUCCUCUUUAUUGAAAAGUUUAAGUAUAUAGGCCAAGGUCUUGUCUGUGGCUCCCUAUGGAGGAUCCUGAUAAAAAGCGGCAGUCCAUGGUUUUAAGGUACAAGAUUUUGUGUGUCACCACAUUUUCAUGAGUAAACAUCACAUUUACUCAGGGUUGAACAAAAGAAAGGAAUCACAUAGUGUGAUGGACAAGCAGAGACAUCAGAAAGAAUGACUAUAUGAAUCUCAAGAAAAUAAAGACCAAAGUGUGAAUGUUUCAGUACUUCUUAGAAGGGGGAACAAAAUACUCACAGGAGGAAAUACAGAGACAAAGUGUGGAGCAGAGACUGAAGGAAAUGCCAUCAAGAGACUGCUAUACAUGGGGAUCCAUCCCACAUGAUGUCACCAAUCCCAGUCACUAUUGGGGAUGCCAGUAGAUGUGUGCUGAUAGAAGCCUGAUAUAGUUGUCUCCUGAGAGGCUCUGCUAGACCCUGAUAAAUAUAGAGGCAGAUGCUCGUAGUCAACCAUUGAACUGAGAACAGGGUCCCUAAUGCAGGAGUUAGAGAAAGAACUAAAGUAACUGAGGGGUUUUUUAAUCCCAUAGGAGGAGCCACAAUAUCAACCAACCAGACACCCCAGAGCUACCAGGGACUAAACUACCAACCAACAAGAACACAUGGAACAGCCCAUGACUCCAGCCACAUAUGUAGCAGAGGGUGGCCUUGUCAACCAUAAAUGGAAGGAGUAGAGGCCCUUGGAACUGGGAAUCCUUCAUGCCCCAAUGUAGGAAAAUUCCAGGGCAGGGGGGCAGAAGGGUUUGUUGGUGGGGAGUACUCUCUUGGAAGCAGGGGGUGAGGGGAUGGGAUAGUGGGAUUCUAGAAGGGAAACCUCAAAGGGGGGUAAUAUUUGAAAUGGAGAUGAAGAAAAAUAUCCAACAAAAAAGUGAACAAAACAAAAUCUACCACUAUGGAAAUCAGUCUGGCGUUUACUCAGAAAAUUGGACAUAGUACUACCUAAGGAUCCAGCUAUACCACUCCUGGCAUAUACCCAAAAGAUCCUCCCACAUGUUACAAGGACACUUGCUCCACUAUGUUCAUAGCAGCUUUAUUUAUAAUAGCCAGAAGCUGGAAAGAACCCAUAUGCCCUACAAUAGAGGAAUGGAUAUGGAACAUGUGGUAAUUUUACACAAUGGAGUACUAUACAGCUAUUAAAAAUAAUGAUUUCAUGAAAUUCUUAGGCAUAUGGAUGGAACUAGAGUAUAUCAUGUUAAGUGAGGUAACCACAUCAUAAAAGAGCGCACAUGAUAUGCACUCACUGAUAAGUGGGUAUUAACCCAAAGUUUUCCAAAUUAUCAUUAUACAUAUAGUAAUUUCCAGAAACAUAGCCACAUGCAUGAGGAUUAAUGGAUCUAAGGAGAUGUGGUCCUAGAGUUGAAAUGAGAAGUGGACAAAUGCCCCUAUUUCUAACCCAGACAAAAUGUCUCUAAUUGGUAAGCACUUUAAAGUCUCCCUCUAAGGGAGACCACUGGGUAAAUAAAUUAAAAUUAAGGGUCGUCUGCAUGCCCACCAGUAGAUGGUCAAGAGAAAACAAACUGAAGGGUAUUAAAGGUUAUUGCCACAGAAUUUGUCAUGAAGGGUUUUUCUCUUUUUUCUUUAAUCUUAUUUUUCAAUUUUUAUUAUGUAUAUAUGGGAGGACAUGGAUGGGGGAUAAGAAUGAGAGAGCAGGUGAGGAAGGGGAAACUAGGAUGAGUAGAAGGAGAGGAAAUUAUAAGCAGUAUAUAUAAUGUAAAAAAGAAUCUCUUCAAUAAAAGGUUUAAAAAUG